CGCCCCUCGCGCCUGCGCAGUAGCGGGCGUGGGACUCGCGCUGAGGAGCGCCCCUUCGGGUGGACCCUCGGGGUUGUCGGUGCGGCUGCGUGACCCCCGACGGCGGCUGCGGCUGCGCGACGUGGGACGGCCGCGCCAUGGCGGACGAAGAGCUCGAGGCGCUGAGGAAGCAGAGGCUAGCGGAGCUGCAGGCCAAGCACGGGGAUCCUGGUGAUGCAGCCCAACAGGAAGCAAAACAAAGGGAAGCAGAAAUGAGAAACAGUAUCUUAGCCCAAGUUCUGGAUCAGUCAGCCCGGGCCAGGUUAAGUAAUUUAGCACUUGUAAAGCCUGAGAAAACUAAAGCAGUAGAGAACUACCUUAUACAGAUGGCUCGGUAUGGACAGCUAAGCGGGAAGGUGUCAGAACAAGGUUUAAUAGAAAUACUUGAGAAAGUCAGCCAACAGACAGAAAAGAAAACAACAGUUAAAGUAAGUUCCCCGCGUGCAUGGCAGAGGGCGCGGCUGUGUCGUUUUCAGUGUGCGCCUGAGCAAUCAGUGCCUUUGAGCUUUUAGACACUUAUUUCUCUGAUGGGGUUGGGAGCAGUCUGGCUACGUGGAGAGUGUAAUGUUAAGAUUCUUACCUCUAAUUACUCCUCUUCACUUACUAAGUUGUUUCAAAGACGCACACAAAGAAGCCUCACUUGAGUAAUUAAAAAUGUUUUUCUCAGAAAAUUGGAGGCUUUAGAAAGUGUCUGACAUUCAUUUAAUUUUC